CCCAUCACGUGAUCUCGCGAAGUCUAAAAAGCAACAUAGCGACCAGAUUACCCUGGUCCCACCAGAGCGAAGCUUCAUGGAGAAGGCCCAAGAAAACACCCUGUCCGACAAAGGGUAAACUGGGGAAAAUGCAGUUAGUUGUUGACCAUUCAGCGACAUCCCAUUCAGUUAGAUAUCCAAGGCAUGACCCAUUGGUUGAUUUGAUCCACACUCAUCUUGCUUAGUAACGGAGUAGUCGACAACAAACAACAACAAACAGAAGAAGCUCCCUUUAUUUUUCCAUUGAAGAAGGACCAGCACGGCUCGUCGUCAUCCAGACGAAGCCAACAAACGUCGACUCACAAUCAGCAAAGCAUCCAUCCCUUUUAGUAGAAAUCACCAGGAUACUAUAGCGAGAGGAAUAGAUAACCACAGACAAACAACCAUGUUGUUUCAAAGAGCACUGGUACCAUGGCUCUUGCUCAUCGCGGCACUCGCAACAACAGCCAAUGGCAGCGACACAUGUCACACUUUUGGCACGGACGGUGCUUGUGCCGACUCGGCUGAUUUUAUUACAAGCACUGUGGCUGACGGGGUUGGUCAGCUCAUUAGCUCCAGUAACGAUACUGCGGCACAGUCCGUUUAUGAUCAAUUUCUAGAACCACUGUUACUGAUUGCCUCGCACCUGCCGGCUGAUGAGGAAAUGGAUGUGUGUUUUGGUGACUUUGACGGAGCCGAAUUUCACGACAAUGACAAUCUGGAAGACCUAGGGUGUGAUAAGAUCCCCUUGGUGAGUGGCACUCAAUUUGGCACUCUGGCGGGAUCCUUUGAUGUCAGCCCCGAGUUGCAGGCAACCCUAUACAAUGCAAGUCUCUGGACAAACACUGAGGCAGCCAAUCAAGACAACUACGAACCCGAGUUUUGCGUGGGCAUGAGAAUUCCCUCCGACACCUGCCACAAGUUCACCUUUGGAAUAAGUGCCAAUGCGGACGGAUUGACCACACUGCACGAAGUAUCCUCGGCUUUGGGUGUUGCCGUGGAUGGUGGUGUAGGAGGUGCCCUAGUAUCAUUCCUAUCCGCCUUGAGCUCCACUGUAGUGAGUGAGGAGGACACGGUCACGUUUGCGGCAUCCUAUGGCGGCGGCCUGGAUGUCCAAGCCAAAUACUAUAGUGGGCGGCAUUUCCACACGAAUGACUUUCAUGCACACUUGUACUUUUCCUAUCAAGGUGCCAUUUCAAUACCCAAUGUGGGGGAUGACGUUGUGUCGAUCGAUGGACCCUAUGCAAGAGCAUUCAACUUUGGCACAGCUACCACCGAAGUAGAAACGGCCUUUGACACCAUGUCAAGUCAGCUAAGCACGGUCAGUAGUUCCACAGAAGAGUUGAUUUCCGGCAUGAAUGCAUUCCUCAGUAACUACCCUGAAGUGGUUUCGGCUGACAAGAUUGCCGUCAAUCUGGAAAGUGUCACCCGAGGUCUGUUUGCGGGAUUUUCACUCGAAGAUACCGAAAUCAAGGCUCUCAAGCUUCCUGCGACCUUCAAUGGUGUUAACGCUGGGUUCUCGAUGCAUGCCACCGCAGAAUUUGACUCACUCAAGAAGGUUGUAGAGACAAUCUGUACGGAUAUGGAAGGAGUCCUCAUUCUGGUGUCAGGGCGAGGCUGCACCGACCUUGACAGCGCCGACGUGGAGGAAGGAACCAUCGGAUUUGAGAUCCAACCGGCUUUUAUGGAGCUGACCGUCCAAUGGACAGGUUUCUGGAUGCGAUGCCGAAUCAAGUACAUGAAUACCAACACUCCCAACUUGCACUGCCAAAUCAAUUGGGUUGCAUUUGCCAUAUAUGAAGAAGAUAAUGGAUAUAUCAUUGGAAAAUCAAAGAACAUGGGGCAUCAAUUGGAAGAGGAGGUCACAAGGCUAUCCAAGGACGCCGUAGAGGCUGCUGGAGGAAAGUUCCGAAAGUCUGUGGCUGUCGCUUCGAAACUGAGUUCGCAAGUGAAUGAAAAGGCGGCCAAGUCAGUUGCGGCUUUCUACGGAGGUAGUACUCCGGUGACCUUCAACUUUGAAGAAUACUACAAGUGCAAGAGCAGUACUAGACUCUUCAGCUCUCGGGCAAGAAGCAGCUACAAGAAUUACUUCUCCCAGUUGGGACAUGAUGACUCCAUGUCAAGUUGCUUUGAAGCCUGCUAUCAAUAUGCGGAAAAGCAUUAUGGCGAUUUCAACAAGGAAGACUUUUGUUGUGAAUAUGAGGAGCUUCGCCACGGUUUCAACGAUUGUAGAGUUGGUCAUGAAGGGCGUGAGCAUGUCAGCGACCACAAGAAGUAUGCCACCGUUACUUUCAAGGAUGAAUACGAAGCCAUGGUCGACGCCAAGCAGCUUGGUAGCGCGUGUUCUCUCGACAGCGAAUGCACAACGGGCGCUUGUCACGAACACCGUUGCAAACUGGAGUGUGACAACAGCCACAAGUGUUUUCCAUCUGCUAACGCAAAGUGUUUCGGCCAGAAUGACGCCUGCAUUGAUGUGAACGGUAUUAGUCACAUCUGCCUCGACGGUGUCUGUGAGUGCGAUAGCUCCACAGGGCAAUGCCACACGCACCACUUUGGGGUUCUAUCGGAUGGCCUGGUGGCAGCUACAACAGAUGACAGGGAAGUAGCUUAGCAGCCAUACGUACAUACCGGGCUUUGUGUCUUCCAAAUAAGUUUUAUAAUUAGUUUGCAUGUUUCUAAACGAGGG